AUGGCAUCCAUUUCCCGUCAACCAUUUGCCCCCUUAGACGGCACCCGACUGCAGAAUCUGACGAGCAUUAAGAAUAGACAGAAUGCUGUUUCGUCCACUGCUGGCGGCAAGCGCAAAGCCUCAGACAGUGUAGAGCCCGAUGACUUCGAAAACGUCGACCCGUUUGUCUUUUCCAAGCGAUCUAAGAGUUCCGACACCUUCUACCCGUCCAAGGAUGUCCUCAAGCCUUCGUCCUUUAUCCUCACCAAGGCCGCGCCCCUCGCCGCAAGUCCCCUGUUGAACUCCUCGAGGCCUACCCUUCCUCGCCCUCGCAGUCUUCUCCAGCCAAAAUCACCGUCAGCCAAGAUCAACACGGCUAUCGCAAAGUCCUCCCCACUCUCGGCUCCAGCUGGCCGUUCGCCGACUCGCGGUAAGCGAUCUGGUAUUCUCUCAAACCGUCGCCGAACCGCUGGUCCCUACACGCGCGUAGACCCGCCUGCCUUCAACCUGCCUUCAUCCGCCUCAGCCCCAUUCAGCCUCGAUGCUGCCCUCAAGGGUACUAUCCCGAGCUAUGCCGCCCGUGCUACCGUAACCACAUCCUCGCGGAAUACGGUCAAGGAUCUCGACGAGCCUGAUCUUAAGGCAUCUUGGUUCUUCGACAUCCAUGAAGACACGCCAGAGCAAGAAAUGACCAACAUGUUGCAGCAUGGCACUUGCGUUCUUGACAUCAGCUCCGACGAAGAAAGUGAGCGCAAGGCCAGCAGAGACCGCGCAGAGGGUCGCGACAAGGAGAAUGUACCACCUGUCGAUGAUGUGAGCCAGACAUCUGCACGGCGCUCGGCUCGUCAUACCAGUGAAGAUGACAUGAUUUUUGAGAAAGAGAGGAUAGCUUUGGGCGAGAUGGAUGCAAGCGAGUUCUAUGCCUUUGGUUGCGAUGAAUCAUCCGUCAUCAUCGUCCCCGCCGAUGAUGAUGACGAAGAGCGCGAUGCGGCCCCUCAAGCCGCCGUGCCUGAAAUCAAAGAGCGCAUUCCUGAAACCGAAGCAACCCCGCUUGGAGUCCCUGUAGACGAAAAUGGUGUCGACGAGCUCAUGGGCAAACCCACCGAGACAGCAGCCAAGGCAGCCCUCUUGGAGCCUAUGGAGGGCACCGGUGAGAGCUUUGAGCUGUGGGAAAGUGGAAGCGCCAAAGACGACUCCGAAGUGGCAAUUGCGGACUGCUGA